AUGAGCCAAACGAAACCUGACGUGUUUCAGACUCAGGAACCGAUAGAUCAAGCUGCAAUCCAUGGCUCAAUGGUGACUUACUCCAGACAGGGCCCGCCUGCUGCGACUCGAGGACCAGCAAGAGGAGGCGCAACGCCAGAGUCAGUUUACAGCAACUUGCAAGCUGACGCCGUACCAAGACAAGGAAAUAGAGUUCAAACUCAGCAUCUUGCGUCAACAUCUCCAAGAUUGGAGCCCCGUACAUGUGGCGACGUCAAGUCUGAAGCUGGUCCUGAGCAGAGCCAGCCAUGGCAGCCCCCGCCUAUGUUGUCUCCGUGGGAGCUCUGUCGCAAAGCUCCAUCAGCCAGCACAGCAAGGUACACUACUGAUGACCAGGGAUACUGGCCGCACGAUAGCUACUGUACUUGUUGCUACUGUGUUGAUGUGAAGAGCUACCCAAGCGAGGACUAUGGAGCCCAGCAGUUUGAGGGCUCAAAUGUGUUACCUUCUUCUUAUCAACCUGGCUUUCAACAGGGCUAUUAUAAUGCAAAUGAGUUACAAGAGCGAGCUUGUGAACUAUCCAUUUCCGAGGGUGAGGGCCAGCCAGGAUGGGGGUAUCAUCAGGGGUGGGGCUGGCGUGCACCAGAACCUGUGUCACAAGAUGGCCAGCCGCCAUUGCACAGCGACGACAAGUUUGGCAGUGUGAAGAGCAGCUCUCUUGCAUCUCAAUAUGCUCAAACUCAGCACGGGCGGAUUCGAAAGCCUAUUGCGAAACCUAGGAAGCGGGCAGUACCCCGUUCGUCUGGUCUUAGGCCUUCCUCACCCGGAACACAAAUGACAACACCUCCACGAUCUAGUGACACAAGUCCUGUUGAGGAGGAUUUCAUAAUUGAGAAGAGUCCUGGUGCCCCCAGAAACAAAGGCCCUAUCAAACGAGGAGAGACAGUAGACACCACUUCGAUCGAGAGCUUCAAGCGUCCUCGUUUCUCUAUGGAGGAAGAGUAUGUUAUGCUCAGGCUCCGAGAAGAAGGUAUGAGCUGGGCCCACAUUGCUUCCUUGCUCCCGGUGCGAGGAUCACGGUCGCUUCAAGUGCAUUAUAGCUCGAUGUUGGCUCGCCAAUUCAAUGACUGGAACAGCGAGUACGACAUGCGGCUGGUGUCACUUGUGAACCAACACGAAAGAGCGAUGUGGGACGUUAUUGCUGAACGAUUUGAAGAGAAGAACAUUAAGGGUAUAUCGUGCCGCUACCGAUAUUUACAGCUCCACGACCAGCAGAUGCGGAGUAUUGAUAAAUGGGUUACCGAGCAGCGCCGAAGCCACAGACGCUGA